AUGGACGCGGCCGUCUCCCUGCACCACCACGGCGCGCUCCCCGCCGCCGCCGCCACCUCCCUCCCACCCCACCACCACCACCACCGUUCCCUCCACCUCAAACACCCUCUCCCCACCACCUCCACCCGCCUCGCCGCGACCUUGCCGCCAUCCAGGACGCCCCGCCGCUCCACCUCAUCCACCACCGCAGCUCCCGCUUCCGUCCCGGCGCGCACCACCAUCAGCAGCGCCCGCGCCGCCACGGGCUACGCGGCCGCGCUGGCCGACGCGUCCCUGCGCGCCGGCACGCUUCCACGAGCCGCCCGCCACGCAAGCGCGCUCCUCCGCCGCCUCCAGGACCCGCCGCGCGGGCAGCGCCUGGAGGAGGCCGACGGCCGGGUCAGCGCGCUCGUCAGGAUGCUCGUCGCCAAGGGCAAGGGCGGCAUGGUCGCCGACGUCCUCGCCGAGUUUGCCGCCAUCUGCGACCGCCUGCUCGCACCGCCGCCCGCCUCGUACUCGGCCUCGAGCAAGCGCGCCCACUCAUCACGCGCCUCCUACUACUCCUACUGAUCGGUGCUUGCGCGUUGGAACAUUUUGAUUUGCUUCAGGAUUGGCUUCUGGAACAACCACUGGUUAACCUCAUCUUAUGAUACACAACUCAGUUGCUACGAUUAUUUGAUUAUAUUACAAUAUAAGCUUGUGAGCAGACGGUGCUACGUUAUGUUAGUGAUGUCAAGCGACAUGACAAGAUUUGAGUUAGCUGCACCAAUACUACACUUGUGUUUAAUCGUGAUUUGUCUGCAUAUAUGCAAUUAUUCAUACGUAUA